GGUUCCUUCGAGUUGUUGUUGCUUCUUCGAGUUGUUGUUGAUGCUUACGUCAGUUUCAGAGAGUUUAGAAAUACGCUAGCUUUAGUAGUUAGCUACUAAAGUUUAAACCUUUGCUGAUAUAGCAGGCACGCACAUCGAAUUAGUAUGAAGACAUUGCUGUAGUCUUCUCUCCUCCUCUGUCCGCUUCCCUAGACAUUCUGUGAGUUGUGCUAUGUUCAGGAAAACUGUCUGGAAGAAUACCGUGAGUGAUGCCGUUAGCUGGCACCAGGACGAGGCCCAGAACACGACCAUAUUCAUCCUGAAAGAGUAUGGUCCGACCGGAUUCCUACUCAAAGAGGAGGGGGAACCCAAAAACUUCAAAGUGUGCUUGGGAGACCCUCAUACAUGUACCUGUUCAACAUUCCACAAAGAGAGAGACCUCUGCAAACACAUCUGCUGGGUUUUAUUGCGGAAAUUCAGACUGCCUAGAGAACAUGAAUAUUGCUUCCAACAGGGCCUGGUUGAAAGGCAGAUCCUGGAGCUGCUACAGGGUUUACACAGGAGCAGAACCCCCCCGCCUGUAGACCCACCCUGCUCUGAGGCUGACCCUAACCCCAGACCAGACCCAGCUGAGGGGGACAGGGGGGUUAGACAGAAGGAGAUUGAAGCCGAGGAUGUGUGUCCCAUCUGUCAAGAGGAAUUGCUGGGGAAACGGCUGCCUGUGUCUUACUGCAGGUUUGGCUGUGGCAACAACGUCCAUAUCUCCUGUAUGAAGGUGUGGGCAGACCACCAGGCGCGUCCAGAGGGGGAAGCCAUGGUGAAGUGCCCGCUGUGCAGGGAGGACUUUGGGCCGGUCAAGCUGCUCCUGGAGCAGGUGAGGAAUGUGGCUAAGCUCCACACGGCUGCUGAGAGAGAGAGGCCCGACAGACACCUCGGGGUGCUCUGCAACAACUGCAGGGUCUGCCCCAUCACUGGCAAGUGCUUCAAGUGCACAGUCUGCCGUUACUAUCACCUUUGCGAGGACUGUAUAACAAGGUGCUGUCACCCUCAGCAUCAGUUUGCCAUACGUACGAAAAGGACUCAGAAGUGGCUGUCCUUGGGUCAGCGUGUGUUCAACACACUGGGUGAACCACAUGAGAUGACCACUCAGUCAGUGGGUGACAGCAUGAUUCCUGUUGAGAGUGACCCACUGCCAGAGCACGUGGUCAGGAGCCUCCCUUCGGUCAGGGUGAGGAGAGGCUGCCCCCUGCUGGACGCUGGGCAGCAGUGUAGGAUCUGCCUGAAGAGCUUCCAGCAAGGGCAGCAGGCCAGACACCUGCCCUGCCGUCACAAGUUCCACACAGACUGUGUCGACCCAUUGCUUCGGAGGUCCAACUCCUGUCCCCUGGAUGGAUACGUCAUCUACAACCCCCUAACAUGGAGCAGUGGUGGGGGGAAGUGUAGACCCAAGCCGGCCUCCUCCCCUGACCAUCCCAAGCUCACAGAGCAGCACAGACUGGAGCUGUUCGUCCCAGGAGUAGCUCUGCUGGAUAGGGCAGGCAGGGUGGUUCCCUCCAUAAGUAUGGUUAGCUCCGAGGGCUCAGCCGGUGCCCUGGUGCCUCUCCCUCAGGAUACUACGGUCAUCGGCUUACAAGGUCUACGCAUCAAUACAGUGAACAUUGAGAGCAUGGAGGGUGGAAAAAGCGGGACAGAGAAGGAUAGAACUCCUGUCAAAUCAGUAAUUCUUAAGAAGAGCCUUUCCUCCGAGCAUCUAAGGACAGACGUGUCUAGAGUGAGGUUGGGACGCUCCUCGACCAAGAGGUUGGCCCAAAACACUGCUACCUCAACUAACAGGCUGGGUGAGGUCUAUGGAGGGACGGGAAGGGCCCAGCAGAGUCUGUUUGUGGGUGUAAACAGGUCAGACAGGGACAUGACUGCUGCUGCUACUGCUGCUCAGCCCAGAGCUGUCAUCUCCCUGUGGAGAGCCAGGCCCCAGUGGAAGCUGAGACCCAGGGUGCCCCGGCCCAGACCAGUCACAGGAGACAGCCAGCAGGCCACAGGCCUGAUGAUGACAGGGGGACUGAUCAAUGCUCCACACCAGGGAGAAAAGGAGUAAGAGUUGGAUUUUAGAACAUAUUUUGGAACAGUUGUUCCAUCCAUUUUAUUCACUAAACAGAGCUUGUUUUAAAUAAAUGUCAAAAAGUGUUGAAAUAC